UUAGCCCCUUCAUUGCUUGUUGGCACCCGAAUUAUUUUUAGCCUCUUCAUUGCUUAUUGGAACCCGGAUUAUUUUUAGCCCCUUCAUUGCUUAUUGGCACCCAGAUUAUUUUUAGCCCCUUCAUUGCUUGUUGGCACCCAAAUUAUUUUUAGCCCCUUCAUUGCUUGUUGGCACCCGAAUUAUUUUUAGCCCCUUCAUUGCUUAUUAGCACCCGGAUUAUUUUUAGACCCUUCAUUGCUUAUUGGCACCCUGAUUAUUUUAAGCCUCUUUAUUGCUUAUUGGCACCCGGAUUAUUUUUAGCCUCCUCAUUGCUUAUUGGCAUCCGAUUUUUUUUAGCCUCUUCAUUGCUUAUUGGCAUCCGGAUUAUUUUUUGCCUCUUCAUUGCUUAUUGGCACCCGCAUUAUUUUUAGCCUCUUCUUUGGUAGUUGGCACCCUAAUAAUUUUUUAGCCUUUUCACUGGCUAUUGUCACCCGAUUGAUUUUUUGGUUUAUUGAUACCCGAAUGAUUUUGUAUCCGCUUCAUUGGAUUAAGUUGCACCCGAAUGAUUUUUUAGCUUCUUCAUUGUUUAUCAUGUCUUAUUACUGAAGGUAGAAGGAGGAAAAUAUAAAAGAACAAAAAAACCUACCUACCAACCCACCCCUCAAACUGUAGGUCAGCUUAGGCCCUCAAUUCUUUUUAGUCUUGGCCUGAUGCUUAAUCACAAUAGCAUCAGUUGAACUGAUGAAUCAUAUUACAUAAAAGUGAAUGACUUGCCUGAUACCUUGUAUGAUGUGUAAUAUAAAUAAUUAAACUGAUAAGAAAAUUUCUAUAAAAUACUGUUUCAUAUGGAAACAUUAUGUGUUUAUCUUUUGCUUUUUAUGUCAGUAAGUUAAUACCCAGACACUUCAGGAUUUUCACAUUAUUUUGAUCACAAAUUUAUUUUAUUUCAUUACGACUUUGGGUAAAAUAAAUCUUUCCACAAUAUUUUCUCAUCUUAUAAUUGUUGUUUAGUGUACAAGUUAAUUUUAUUGUUGAUUUGCCAAAAAUAGUAGUUAAUGAUUUUAUGAUGAUCUAAAUAUUAUUGUCAUAGCCUUGAUGUCGUCCAUUAGCGUUAGCAUGAAAAGCCAUAAUUUUGGCCGUAAUAUUCUAAAGCCUUUCCAAUUCAAAUGAAACUUGGUACACAUAAUACCAGAGACAAUACAUACAGGUACAGCAAAGCCCAAAAAGCUAUCUGGCAUAAAUCCACAAUGAAAUAGAUCGUAUCUGGCCGGAAACGAUAGCGGGCAAAGAUCUCCUCUUCCCUCAGGUCCUCCAGCGGGUUGCUCCCAUCUCUGAAAACACAAGGAAGUGGCACUUGCCUCUGAUAAAUAGGAUUUCUAACAAUAGCUCUAUGUCCAGCUGACAUCUUGGAAGGUUGCAAAGCUUCUAAAUUAUAGACUCAGCGUUUGAGACUCAGACUCAGACUUUGGACUCAAAUUUUGAUCUCAGAAACACUAGUGAAUACCGUUUUACAGCCAAAAGUCUGAGUCUUGUGUCCUUAGUUUACCUUUGAGGCUUAGACAUGUAUGUGAAUACGACCCCUGGCUUCAAUAAUUAUUGAGUUCUGACCUUUGUUUAGCUGAAAAACAACAGGCGAGCCUUUGCUCUCAAGCGCUCUUGUUAUUUGUUUGAAAUUAGUUAUAGUUUUAAGUUUAUCUCAAGAAUUGUUUUACUUGUCCAGGGAGGUAAACCUGGACUUAAAUAUGCUUGUAACUUUUUUUCUCUCCAACAGGAGUACACAUACACUCGUGCAAAUCGAGGGGCAGUCUAGCCGCCAGACAUUGUCACAUUGAAGGGUGACAAACAAUGGUUAAGGCUCGGUCAGAAGCUAACCUUAUAAAGUGUAUCGUCUCUCGAUGCCAAGGCAAGCGGCCACAUGGGCAUUCGAACGCUGAUCUACUACUUCGGGACGACGUUCAUGGCAAUCAUCAUCGGCGUUAUUCUUGUUGUCACCAUUCACCCCGGUCAGAUGGACCUGAAAGACAAGCUUGCUGUUAGUAAUGUGGACAGUCGCCUCACCGGAAUGGACGCUUUUCUGGAUCUUGCCAGAAACUUUUUCCCAGACAACCUGGCCCAGGCCAUGUUUCAGCAUGUGAAAACUGAGUAUAAAAACGUCACUGAGCACAGAAAACGUAUCGAGCAGAUCAACGUUACUGACGUUGUUGCUGGCACAACCCUCAUGGUGAAUACGACUACGGGUCUGCCCCUAAACGUGACCUUGAGCCCCAUUGGAAAUGUGACGAAUGUGAUUGUUGAGUAUACGGUUGAAGUUGAGAAGAAGGGACUGCAGUUGGGGAAUGGCAUUAACGUCCUCGGUUUAAUCUGUUUCUGCGUUGGGUUUUCCAUCUACCUGAGCAAGAUGGGAGCGGAGGGUCAGCCAAUGAUCGACUUCUUUAACAUUCUCAACGACAUCGUCAUGAAACUUAUCAUGCUGGUCAUGUGGUAUUCCCCUGUGGGUAUCAUGUUCCUUAUCUGCGGAAAGAUUCUGGAGCUCGAGGACAUCGGAGCGGUGGCCGCACGCCUGGGACUCUACAUUGUCACUGUUGUAUCGGGCCUCGUGGUUCAUGCCUGCGUCUCGCUCCCACUCACCUACUUCAUCAUCUGCAGGAAAAACCCACUCAAGCUGUUCCAAGCUGUGUUUCAGGCUUGGAUUACUGCCCUUGCUACAGCAUCUAGCUCGGCAACACUGCCAGUGACAUUCAAGUGUCUUGAAGACAACAUGAAUAUUGACAAGCGUGUCACACGAUUUGUACUGCCAGUAGGAGCCACAAUCAACAUGGACGGGACAGCCCUUUACGAGGCAGUUGCCCCGAUCUUCAUCGCUCAGAUGAACGGCAUUGAACUCUCCUUCGGGCAAAUACUCACUGUCAGCUUGACAGCCACAUGUGCAGCUAUAGGCGCGGCAGCUAUUCCAAGUGCGGGCCUCGUGACAAUGUUGAUGGUGCUAACCUCCGUCGGACUCCCUGUAGAGGAUGUCAGCAUUAUCCUUGCUGUCGACUGGUUCCUUGACCGGCUAAGGACGAGCGUAAACGUUCUGGGAGACAGUUUUGGUGCUGCCUGUGUGGCGCACCUCAGUCGCCAUGAGUUACAAGAAAUAGAUCGCCACCACCAGGCUGUUGAGAUGGAAGAAAUUGAUGGGAGCAUGAAGGCAAAUGGUGGGGAUAAUGUUACGUCACAGGGCGCAGAUGGUGGGGAACUUUAUCCUGAUCCCAAUGCUUGAGGAUUUUGAUCGAAUUGACCUUUAUCCUAAUCUGAGAGUGUGAGGACUUUGUUCGAAUUAUAAUUAACUGUCAUUGUGCUAAGAAUACAUUAGGCCACAAUUAAUCAAAUGGUUUGUUUGGUUUCCGUAUCCAUGACCUGAAUUUUUUAUUAGCAUCGCAAGUGGUCAUUUUUAGCUCUACUAGCCAAAGGCCAGAAGAGCCAUGGCGCGGUGUUCGUCAUCCGUGCAUGUGUCUGUAAACAAUUGCUUGUGAAUGGGGGUAAAGUCUUAAUAGUUUUAAUAGUAUCUUAAUCAAACUUGUACAAUAGUUAGAUAGCCAUGAGAGCUUGGUUCCUUUCUUAAACCAGGCAGGUAGGCCCAUGCAUUACUGGAUUAUAUCUCACGAAAUUAUCAGAAUUGCUAUUGUAUCAAAUUAAAAAAUUACAGUCUAAGGGACACAACCUGUAUUCAGUCACUUAAGUUGGUUUUAUCUUUUUAACUUCCUUCGCUUCGUUAAAGACUUAAGAGAGACAACCUGUAAAGACUGCGUGUGGUUGGUUCUCUUCCUUCCCUUUGUGAACUAUCAGUAUGUUGUCUCUUUCUCAUACAUACAUACUCUAGAUUGAAAAUGACCAUAAGAGCCAUGCAAGCAGAGCAUGGGGCCCUCAUGGGCCUCUUGUUUAUUUUAUUCUCAUAACCGAGUUUAGGAGUAUAGAUGUAAAGAAACAACACAAAGAAAACACCUAAGCAACUCAACAAUACAUAAAACUGUGUUUAGGGUAACGCCAAACAAGCUAUAUAUUAACUGUGGCCUAAAUUAACGCUUUUUAUGUGCAUUGUUUACAUGAUUUUUUCAUGUAAAACAAUUAUAACUCUGUGAAAUUAGUCACUGUUGGUGUUAUGUAUGUACAUGUACCAUUAAUGGAACUUCAAUAACUGAGCGACUUCAAAUGCAAAAUAGACUUAAAGCAUUAAGAUUUGAUAGUUGUAACACAUUUACGUUUUCAAAAAGAAAAAUAUGAGAGAUUCAGACCCAUGUUAGAAAAUGAAGAUAUAUAUAGAUAUAAACAAAUGUUUAGCUUAACUUUGUUAAUUCAGUCAGGAUUUGUAAUAAUGGUUAAGGGUUAUUAUCAUGCGUUUACCAAAGAUAAAUUGGCGUGGAGUGUCACAGACCCAUAUAUUUUGUAAAUGCAUACUAAUCUUUAACCAACUAAGUGUUAUUAAUUAUAUUUUGUCUACUGAUUCGGCCUCUAUUUAAUGCUACAAAUUGACUUGAUUAAAGCUAACUGCAGACUUACCAAAUAAAAUGGUCCACAAAUUUGAAAAUACUGCAUUCACAUUGGAAAAAAUAUAAUUUUGAACACUAAAAGUUUCAUGGAAGAAGUGUAAUACAAAACCUGUAUGGAAGUAAAUGAAAGUCGGCUUCUCUUAACAGGGAUUGAUAUUUGGCAAUGGAUGAAAUUUGAUCAUGUAAAGUCAUGUAGGUGUGAGAUUUCAAUGUUGUACUCAUUUGUUUGUGAAAACUACUUGGAGUGUUUUUUAUAGUGGUUCCAAGUGGAAAUACGUAGAAAUAGAUUAAUCAUGGUUGUGACCUCAGUGUUUAAAGUACAGUUAGUUGUUUACAUUUUGUUUUUGGCGUGUUCUUAGUUUUAUAGUUACAUGUGUGGUCUUUAUUCUGUUGACCAAGCUUAUAAGAAAUUUUCAUUAUUGUUUGAUCACUCGACUACAAAAUAAGACUGUUAUUUUCUUUCUAUUUAAACUGCCAUGAACUGUUAAAAAAAUAAAUUGAUCCGCUGUAACUGCAUUGAAUGUAAACGCUGCACUGGUUUGAUUGUCCGGUUUGCGCAGUGGUUAGCGCACUUGCUUCUCACCUUGGUGACCCGGGAUUGAUUCCCGGCCUAGGCGCCAUCUCAGUUUGGUUUGUGGUCACAGAGCUGGACAGUAAGGUUUCUUGCGGGAACUCUGGUUUCCCCUACAACACAAGACCUAUGAUGUAAUAACUUGUUUAACAAGCAUUGUAAAAUAAAUCGGUUUAAAUCAAUUAAAAUUAAUGCUGCACACUUGAAAUUUAUCCCAAUAAAAGCAUGCUUGCAUGUUAUUUAUGACAAUCAAUUUGUCAGGGCGGGACUCAACAGACUGAUUCAAAACAAGUCAUGAAUGUCUUUACUUCAAACCAUGGUUGACAUUCAAAUACAUGUACAAUGAUGCCAAUAAAAUUAUUGACUGCUGCCGCGUUUCAUUCGCAGAUAAUGCAAUCACAAAAUAACUUCAAGCCUGUGUUUAAACUGAUGUGUUUAUAUGAUUUGGGUUGGACAUGAGCACAAUAAACGCUGUAAUUAAUCGGUCAUUGAUCUUAUUAUUAUAAACAACUUUUUAUUUAAUAGCUUUGUCCAUAGAAUAAAGUCCUAUGCUGUAUGUCCAGUAAUUGUAAAUGCUCAGAUAAAUUAAAAUCAUUCCAAUGAGUAUAGCACUUUUUCAAAUAUUCAAGGAAAAGAAACUAUGAAAAUAUUUAACCAGUUUUUUUUUUAAUAAAUUAAAAUGCAUGUGUAUGCAUUUAUUUAAUAACAUCAGAAAUGAAAGUAAUUUUAAACAUGCUCUUUAGAAAUGGUAGAUACAUGUACAAAAAUAUAUUGGGUCUUUUAAAAGGCUUUUGAUGAUGGUAUUAAAAGUAUUUUCAAUACUCAUUGUAAAUUUUUGUAUAUAUUCAAUUUAAAAAUUAUUGAUUAUGUAGAAAAACAUGUACAUCGAAAACUAUUUUAAUAGAAAUACUUUGUAGGCAUUUUAAACUUGUUAUUUUGUAUGAUUUUAUACGGUUGUUGUGCAUAUUCCAUGUAUACAUUUCCCAUUUUUAUAAAAAUUUCAUCACCAUUUAUUAAGUACUACAGUCAAAACUCGUUGGCUUGAUUUCGCUAAGCUUGAUUUCCUCGUAAGCUCAAACUGGAUGUGAGGACUGAUUUUGUUUCAUUCUUUGUAAGCAUUCCUGCUUGGCUGGAUAUUCGCGAGGCUCGAAGUAUUUUGGUUGAUCCCUUUGAUAUCGAGCCAACAAGUUUCGACUGUAGUUUCAUAGAGUUAAAUCAGUAUUGAGAACACUGUGACUUCUUGGAUUUGUUGUAUUGUCGGUGACUGCAACAUACGGAUGCUUAGUGUUUAGGCUCAUGUCUCUGAUAAUGGGAUGACAUGACGGAGUCACAAUUAAUUAUUUAGAAUGGCUCUGGCAACCAAAAGUCCAUGAAUUAGAUUACAGAACUGCCAAAUUUUCAUUAAGUCAUUAAUCAGUUUUACUAAGUGAGUUAUUUAGAAGCUCACAUGUGUGUUCUGACUAGUUUAAAGGCAUUUGUAUGGCAUAUCGCACUGAACACUAAGAAAGUGAACAUUUAUUUUGGUCGUCUAAACAAUUAGUCGGCAUUGGGCUGCGCCUGGCUUGCUGACUUAACCAUUUAGAAGACUGAAGAUAAACACUUUCUAUUGCUUACCUGUUCUAAAAUGAGUAUUGUUUUUUUCUAGUAUCUAUUGUGUACAUUGUUGAUGUGUUUACUUUGUAUGGUUAUGUUUGUAUGAUGACUUUAGUACCUCCUAGUGGACCUUAUUCUCGAAUACCACUUUUUGCCACGCUAGACACUGCAUCGUUUCAGCUGGAUACUGGUAUAUCUGCUCCGUUUCAAACAAAUAAAAUCCAAGUUUCGAACUAUCCAGUCGUUGUUGAGAUUUUAGUGCAAAAAUCGGCUAAAAACGGUAUCCCCCACAAAGGAUUAUUCUACACUUAGUUGAUUGCAGAAUGAAACAAAUACUGGUUAAUCUCUGGUCAUGGUUUUAACAAUAUUCCGGCCUUAAGUCUUCGGAAUGAUUGCUUAAACUAUACUCUAAUCCAGAAAUUCUACCUCUGAUAUUUUACUGUAACAAAAGUACAUAAAAUUCAUCUUUUGACACAUUUUGGACUACCAAUCAUUUUUAUGCCCCCACAAAGUGGCGGCAUAUAGGGUUGCCCUUGUCCGUACGUACGUACGUACGUACGUACGUACGUACGUACGUCCCGAAGAUUGUUUCCGAUCUAAUUCUUGAAAACCGUUUGUCCAAUCCUCACCAAACUUUAAACACAUGAUUGUGACCAUAAUAUCUUGAUCAAGUUCGAUAGUCAUGGAAAUCGCUUUAGUCAUUUAGGAGUUACGGCCCUUUUUUGCCAAAAAUUCCCGAAGAUUGUUUCCGAUCUAAUUCUUGAAAACCGUUUGUCCAAUCCUCACCAAACUUUAAACACAUGUUUGUGACCAUAAUAUCUUGAUCAAGUUCGAUAGUCAUGGAAAUCGCUUUAGUCAUUUAGGAGUUACGGCCCUUUUUUGCCAAAAAUACUUCAAAAAUAUAUGUUUCCAAUCUAAUUCUUGAAAAGUAUGUGUCCAAUCCUCACCAAACUUUACAUACAUGAUUGUGACCAUAAUAUCUUGAUCAAGUUCGAUAGCCAUGGAAAUCGCUUUUGUCAUUUAGGAGUUACGGCCCUUUAUUUGCAAAAAAAGACUUGAAAAAUACGUCCCGAAGAUUGUUUCCGAUCUAAUUCUUGAAAACUGUUUGUCCAAUCCUCACCAAACUUUUAACACAUGUUUGUGACCAUAAUAUCUUGAUCAAGUUCGAUAGCCAUGGAAAUCGCUUUAAUCAUUUAGGAGUUAGGGCCCUCAGAUUAUCCUGAAUAAUCAUUAUGGCUUAUUUUCUGUGACAAAAAAUCGAAGUGGGGGCAUCCGUGUCCUAUGGACACAUUUCUAGUUAAAGUUAGGAGUCAUAUUUAUGUAAAUAACACCAAAAUAAAAAUAAAACUGUCAGCAUUCAUAUAGUCAUAGUAACGUAUGUAAAAUAUACUGUAUGUAUAUGUAACUUUGGUUAAAGCAUUUUUACCCAUCACACUAUAUUAGUUAGUAGUUGUUUUUAAUUAUCUUAUCUUUAGUAUAAUUAUGUAAAUAUGUAAUAGCUGUAUAUAUCUUACCAUUUACACAUUACAAUGUCAUGUAUGUCCCCCGUUCCUUUGUGUUUAUUUCACACAAAUCAUUAAAGAUUUUAAAAGCCAUUAUUCAAUUAUUUUUUUAUGAAAUUCAUUACUGGCAUAUUUAUUUUUAAUAUUGUUCUAAAUUUUUACAAUAAUUUUUUUCAAUUUUUCAUAUUGAGCAAUUUUAUCUUUAACAGCAAAAUGUAGCGGGUUCUGCUUUAGUUUGAAUGGUAUUUUUAUUUUUAAAGUUGUAAGUUUCGGGUAUGCAUUCAACAAGACCUUAAAUUGUAUAUCUACAAAUGUAUAGCCAAAUGCUUACAUUUUUGGAUCAUUUCCUUAAGCGAAAGGACUUAAAGUGGGAAAUCCACAUCUCCAAAUUUUUUCAAAGCAAAGAUCCUUAUAAUAGAUUCCUGUCGCAUGAUUGUCAAAUAUCAAAUUUUGGCGCCAAGCUUUAACAUUUUGUAACAAGACUUUGAAUUGCUGUUACUUUUUUUACUUUAUAUAUUUUGAAAACUCUGAAAACUUUUUUAUGGUUUAAGAACAUAUUUGUGAAAAACUAGUUGAAAAUGUUUAAUAUUACCACCGAACAGACAAUUUCUCUCCCAUUAAGUGUACUUCAGUUGUUGUUUUCCUGUACUCUAUGGAUUUCAAUGUUUGAUGGGUUUUUUCCUUAUACAUAUUUUCUUAUAUCAUUUUAUGAAUUAAAUAACGAUUGGAAAACUGUUCAAAACAGUGAAAUUUUGUACAUUAAAUUAAUGAACAUUUUAAUAAAUAAAUCAUGAGAAGCAAAAAACAACAGCCUAAAAAAAUAUUUUGCCACAUUUUAAACCAAUCAAUUGAAUGUUAAUUGCUUGCAUUUAGAUGUAUUUUUUUUCAGCUGUUCAUAAUUGAAUUACUCUUCCACCAACGAUGGAUCUGCCUGCUUAUAAUUUAUUUGUCAUUCAUUUUGUUAAACUUUUCUUCAUUUCAUUAGAUCCAGGUACUCCCGAGCAGGUCAGAGAAAUCUGAGACUUAUACAAGGCACCGUAGAAUAUCACUGAUUUUCUUAAAGGCUUUUGCAGGAUUGAAAUACAUUUUUCUCAUCAAUUGAAUGUUGUAUGUAUACAUGUACUGUACUGUAAUGACAAUAACUUGUUAUACAAUGUACAAAUAGUUAAUAAAAUGGUGAUUU